AAAACAAAAGUACACAGUCCUUUUCAUUUAGUUUAUUUCCAGAGAGGGAAAUAAAAAAAAAAAAAAAAAAAAAAACAUGGCCGGAGAAGAGAAAGUGCAAGUGUUUGGUUUCCGGUCAGGUUCGUAUAGUCGGAGAGUGGAGUUAGCUCUCAAACUAAAAGGCGUGGAUUAUGAACACAUUGACGAAGAUAUGCUUAACAACAACAAGAGCGAUUUGUUGCUGAAAUACAACCCAAUUUACAAGAAAGUGCCUGUUCUUGUCCACAAUGGAAAACCCAUUUCAGAGUCUCGUGUAAUCCUUGAAUACAUUGAAGAAACUUGGAUGGAAAGUUAUGCCAUCUUGCCUAAAGAUCCCUAUCAAAGAGCUCUUGCCAGAUUCUGGGCUAAGUAUAUUGAUGACAAGGUUGUGCCUGCGAUAGAGAAGGCUUUUAGAAGCAAUGAAGAAGAAAGAGAGAAGAGAAUAGAAGAAGCUCAUGAGAUGCUAGAACCACUUGAGAAAGAGCUUCAGAACAAGUUAUUCUUUGGAGGAGACAAAAUUGGAUUUGUUGACAUUGUAGGUCUGGUUUUACCAGGCUGGAUGCAUGCCAGUGAAGAAGCUGCAGGCUUUGAGCUUCUAACAACUCACAAAUUUCCAAACCUAAACAAAUGGAUUCAAGACUAUAUGAACCACAGCGUUGCAAAGGAAGUUCUACCUCAGAAGGAUUUUCUUGUUGCAUUUUUAAACAAAGUUGUGUUUGGUCGAAAUAACUAGCUGUUGAGAAGAUGAAAGGUUUCAUGUUAAUGUUUUGGUAUUAAAUUUGAUAUGUAAUAUUUGGUUUUUGUAACCAAUUGUGUUCCUUGAGUAAUAUUUGAAAUAAGAUUCUAUUGCUACAUUUUAUAAGCUAAUUAAUAAAUGAAUGUUUAGUUGAA